AUGUCAGCUUCAGUAUUGUCAAAGGUUAUCGAUCUCUUAAAGUCAAGAAGCAUCGUACCAGAUGUUAUCAAGGUUCUUAACCCAAUUCGUGAGUUGAAUGUUACAUAUGCUGCUCCACUCCAGACUGGUGAGAAGCUUACUCCAUCAAAGGUGGUCAACACGCCAACAGUCACGUAUGAUGCAGACUCAUCCAACUUUUACACAUUGGUAAUGUUCGAUCCAGACGUACCAAGUCGUCAGGACCCAAAGUGGGGCCAGUGGUUGCACUGGGUGGUCACAAACAUUCCAGGCAACAAGGUCACCGAGGGAGAGGUGAUGGCCGACUACAUUGGCAGUGGUCCACCCGAGAAGACCUCAUAUCAUCGCUACAUCUUUGUUCUCUGCAAGCAGCCCUCAAAGAUGGUGUUCAAGGGAGAGUACAAACUACCAUUCACUGCCGAUAAGAGAAAUAACUGGAGCUUCGAUACAUUUGCUAGCAAGUGGAACCUUCAGCCAGAGGCUGUCAACUUCUAUGAGGCAGAGUUUGAUGAUGCUGUUCCAGGCCUUUAUAAGAAGUUGGAGGAGUGCAAGGAAAAGCCGGUUCUCAUCGAGUAA